CUCCAGCGAAGUGGAUGUGUCGAUAUUUCUUCCUCCUCGCCGAGCUUACUUGAUUACACUCUUCGCCUCCGUUCCAUCGGCAAGAGGGGAAAUUAAACCAAUAAGACCGAGUGUGUGACGUGUGUGGAUAUUUUAUUUUGUUGUCUCCUUUCGCAAAACAAGAUGGAGUCUUACAGUUACGAAGACUUAAACGCUUCCUUCAGCUUGGAGGAGCCGCUCUUCAGCACCUCCGAGUCCAUCGACACUCUGUGUGAAACCUACCUCAACAACAUGGAGACUUACUCCUCCGGUGCCAAGCAUUCACAGAAAAGCCUCUUUGAGGAGAUGGAAGCCUUCUCCAAGAUGGAGAUUCAUGAAUGGAGGGGUGAGGAAUGCGUGGAUUGGGCCGGCAGUGUGUGUCGUCGCCAGGGCCUGGACCAGACCACCGUCGACCUGUGGGCCUUCAGGAACACCUCGGGCAGCCUCCUUCAGCAGUACUCCCUUCAGGACUUCUGCUCGCUCGUCGGAGACAUCUAUGGGCCUCUGUUUUACAACGAGCUUCAGGCACUCCGCAAGCGCAGCGCAGGUUGCAGAAAGGCCCAUGAGUCAGGGAUGUCUCUCUACGGCGGCGGCGACUGCUCCUCCCCGGAAAUGGGCUACCCGAACGACGCGUGGGACCUCACCAGCGAAGACAUCCAGGAGUUGGACCGCUACAUCCGCCACGAGGAGAGCUGGGAUCCUUUGGUGGACAGCCUGCAAUACAUGGACCUUCAGGAGCAGUUUGGACCAAUUAAAUACGAGGAGCCGGCGCUGUGUCCCGAACCCGUGGCCAUGAUCUCGGCAAGCGCAGACGCCAAAGGAGCCAGCGAUCCACUCAAGAAAAUCAGGCCGGAAGCCAAGAAGAGAGAACGCGGCCCGAAGAACUGGGAGUUCGUGAUCCGCCUCUUGGCCGACCCGAGCACCAAUCCCUCGCUCAUUCGCUGGGAGGAGCAGAGUGAGGGAACCUUCCGUCUAGUGCAGCCCACGACCAUCGCCAAGAUGUGGGGCCAGCGCGCCGACAAACCCAAUCUUUCUUAUGAUAACUUUGCUCGGGGAUUGAGAUACCACUACUCGACCGGCGCCCUUCAGCCAGUGUCCGAGAAGCAGCUCGUCUACCGCUGUGGACCGAAAGCUCUUAAAUACUACAUCGAGCUAAAGCGUGGUCAGUGCUAGUUGCAGCGCUAGCGUGACCGCUGCUAGUUCGCGGGUCAUUUUUUUUUUCGAGGGACGCGUUAAGUUUUUGCUUAUUUGUUUGUUGUUAUUUUCUCACGCCCCAUAAUCCCAUCUUCUUCUACAUUGUUGUUGUUUUGUUCUAUUGUCUAUUGCUCCAAGCUAUCGAUUCUGCAUUUGCUCUACUCGCAGUUCUUUCAACCUCUGCUCUUCUCUCGUUUCUCCCUUGUCAUUCUUUUAUCGCUCAGUUUAGAUGAUUUAAACGCUACAAAUCACCCUAAAUCAUCCCUUAUACCUUAUCCACUAAAACAUUUUAGUCACCCUGUUACUUACUCUCCCACUUUUCAUCCUUUUGCUUUCUCAUUUCUCAUCUCCUCUUUCUAAAAUAUCUCCUUUCUUCCUUUCACACCUAUUGUCUCACAAUGCCAGUGUUAAUACAACCCAAAGAUUAAAGAAAAAUAUAUUGAAACGGAAGAAGAAGAAGAAAAAAAAUAGAAACGUAGGCAGCAUAACAGUUAUAAGCCUUAAGAAAAAGACAUGCUAUCUUCACACUUUCCCCUUGAUACUCACUAGGAAAUUUGUGAAAGCUGCUCACCCUCUCACGGCGCUUCCUCUCGGGGUCACGUCUGUACCUGAAUUCUUUUGUUAUUCUAUUUUGUUUUGUAUUUAUUUAAGAUACUUCAACGAGGAAGUACGCUCGAAAAUAUGGCAGUCCUAUACACUAUGUUAUAUGUAUAUAUAUAUAUAU